GAGUGUUGUCACUGAAAACAGAGAAGUUACAUGUAGGAGUAAUGUUAUGUCAAAGUUUACACUUAUACAGAAAGAUGAACGGUAAUUGAACGGGAGUGAAGAGUGAUCAGUAACCUUGAUGAACCAGCUGAUUGAGACUGCACGCUCCUGCUACUUCAAUGUAGCCAGAAAACUGUCCUCAUCUCUGUUGUUUUUCUUCAAUCUGGCUUGGAGAACACGUGUCAGUCUUCCCUCACUGCUGACCGUGACAUUCUUAGUUUUCGACACAGUAGUUUACGUAGAGGUAGAAUUUGACUGACAGGAUUGUAAUUGAGAAUCAAGAGGAUAUAGGAUUGCCCUGGUAAAUGUCAUGACUUUGUAAAGACUGUGCCAAAGAAAACUUUUCAGUAUGUAGGGCGCUAUUAAUUAGCUGUUGUAACACAUUCCGUCCAUAUUUGAAGAUAAAGCUGCACUUAGUGUAGUCGUGUUGGAAGAUGAUCUUUGUGUGUCUCUUAAAAUCAUUGUGAAGUAUUACUACUUAAAAUGGCCAGAAGUGUGAGAGAUCUGAGAGAAUUGAUCUGUGUUUCUCGUCUAACAUAUCAUGAAAGUGACGAAGAGGUGUUGAGUGACACAGACAGCUCCAUUAUUGAAAAUGACAUGAGGAAACUCAGUCUGAACAAUGGCAGCUGUAAUGACAUUGACAACAUUGGCUUGCAUAAGGAUGUACAUGUAUCAAAGAAGACCUCUGCCACUGGUGUGACAAGAGUCUCGCCUGAUUCAGGAUUCCUCACUAACAGCUCCACACCCAGCACAAGUGGGUCUCGGGAUGAAUCUCAGACUGUCAUCAGUCCUGUACCAUCAGGAAGUUCCAGUUCAUCCUGCACAAAAUCUCCAACAAAACGUAAACGUAAAAAGAAAAAGAACGUUCUCCUAACCAAGCAUGAUUUACCUAAGGCAGCGGCCUUACCGCCAGUUAGCGGUUUCCACAGUAUUUCCUCUAACUCGCAAGGACACUUUGACCACUCAGCAGACCUUCGUCAAUCAUUUUCUUUUGACUCCAUGUUAACCUAUAUUGAUGCUAGUAUUGUAGCCAACUGGCUUCAGCGAGCCAAUGAGAAUGUCACGGAGAUGUCAAGGUUCUGUAACUACGAAGACAGCUUUGUCCAGUUUGCUCAUUUCUGGUUAACUGGUUUCCCAGAUGUGCAGAGGACAUCUAUAUACGAUAUGGAAUAUGACAUUCUUGUGGAUGAGUUUAAUUUGGCUUUUGCUGUGGGUAGACAGUCAGGAAAAGUGACAAGAAAAGACAUCGUCAAUUUGCUUGGUGCGAUAUACAAGGAGUACCCUGGUACAUUGCUCAGCUCUAAAGGCUGCUAUCUGUUUCUCAAUUACAUGGAUGUGCUAUCGUCUGACAGAACUGCUGAGUACAAAGAAUUGCUGUCUGAUGUCAAAUGCUCAACAAAAAACAAACAAUAUGCUCAGUGGCUAUUGGCAGCUCGCAGUUUUGCUCUUGUCAAUGUGUGGUCAGCAGUAUUAAACUUUUACAGAAACUUGCUUGGAAAAACUCCAGUUGCUGGUUGUCUCCCCUUACCUUCCAGCAUUCGGUUGAAGAACGUUCAUCAUCAGAGGAUGUACCAAGCAAUCAGGGCAGAUUUUGUUGAUGUUGUUCAUUACUUGCUCAAGUGUCGACAUGUGGAUCCUCAAGAUACAGAUAGUCAUGGCAGGACAUGGAUCUUCACAGCUGUCAUGCACAACUCGGCAAACGUGCUUGUCUACCUACUCAACAGGGUGAAGCCAGCCAUCGAUGUGAAUCAGUCAACAGACACAGGUAACACUGCCUUACACGCAGCUGCUAAUCAGGGAUGUGGGAAGAUCGCAGAGAUUCUGCUGCAGACACCUGACAUUUUGGUUAACUGUCAGAAUCCACAAUGUGAGCACGCCACACCCUUGCACAUGGCAGUCAUGCAUGGUCACCUGGAUGUUGUUAAGGCUUUGGUAGAAGCUAAAGCUGACACAACGUUGAGGAUGGGAGACUUGACCCCAGUGAACAUUGCCAAGGAUUUUAACAGAAGUGAGAUAGUCCAGAUUUUAACCAGUUCUGGAUGCUAAAUUCUUUUCACAAAAUCAGCCCAAUAGGUACCUGACAGUCUAUAACUAUUACGGCAUAACCCUUGGUAGAAGUCUGAAGUAGGGGGAAAACGGUACACUUCUUGAAAAUGGGACACUUUAACAGCUUGCACCGCCUGUUGAUUAACAUUGUGCCUCAACGAAAAAUAAAAAGGAAGAUGCCCAUUUACCAAAUAGCCUUGCUAUUUGAGGGGUAUUCUCUAAGUGGGUGAAGAAUUGUGUGUGUUUUUGUGCAAGAAGAAGGAUCAUUCUUCCAAAGUAACAAUCUCUCUCUGUCUUAAAGGAGUUGAUGAACCUGCAGACUUUUAAAAAAAUAUUUACCAUGUGUAUUUUUCUAAAAUUGAUGCUCCUCAUUUAGCAUUGAAUGGAUUGCAGCAUUGCAGUAUGUCUGACAGCUUUUGUUUUUGAAGCCCAUUUUAUGUGUUUUGGUCUUGCAUAGUCUACAAAGAUCAGACAAGUUAUGCCCUGAAAUGGUUCGGAUGAGAUCUGGUGUAAUGUCAAAACGGUAGACAUGCAGAACUUCAACAUAAUUAAGUUUGGUAUUUACUCUUCGAGAUAAUUUAAUUAGGGAUGACUGUGAUGCUGUUGUAAUGUGAUCUGCUCAGAUAAAAGUAUUGUGGUGUUUACAGUUUUUCACUUUAAAUACAUAUGUGAUGUGUGUGACAUGUAAAUCAUUUUCAUCGUUCGGACAACCUACAACUAUCUGUGGUUCUGGUCCCUUUGUAUCUUUUUCAAUAGAUCUGAGAUAUAGCACUGUACAAAUGUAAAGUUAUACAUGUAUGUUAUCCUGGUAUAUUAUUAAUGGGGGGCCUCGGUGGCCAAGGGGGUAAGCACGCCAGCAUGGCGCAAUGACCCAGGAGCCUCGCACCAGUGCAGUCUCUGUGAGUUCAGGUCCAGCUCAUAUUGAUUUCCAUACUUGGGAAGGUCCGCCAGCAACCUGCGGAAGGUGGUGGGUUUCCCCAAGGAUCUGCCCGGUGUCCUUCCACCAUAAUGCUGGCCGCUGUCGUAUAAGCGAAGUAUUCUUGAGUACAGUGUGAAACACCAAUCAAAUGAAUAAACAUAUAUUAUUACUGUGUACCCUUGAUUUUGACUGUUAUAGUUUUUUGCGAGUGAACUAAAUACUUUUGUGAAAGAAAGAUUUCUUUUUAAAUUAAUUGGGAUGAUGGAAAAGAAUGGCAGUUUAAUGUUGGAAAAGUGUUACUUUGUUACAGUAUUUUUCAUUGUGGUGCAUUCAACAUAAAUCUCUCUGAUAAAGCAGUUGGAGCCUUGUCAUGGAAGUUAAGACACAUUUUAGCUCACUCAGAUAGGUUAGAAAAGUAUUAAAAGGCAGUUUUUAACAAUCUAAAGUACUGUAGAGGAAAUAUUCUGUAUUUUGGAGGUUCUUUUGAUCUACAUAGGAAACUCUGACCAUAAAUUACCAGAGGAAAGUUGAAAUCUGUUGGGAGUGAUCAGAUUCUGUAGAUCUGGGGUGGUUAGAUUAGUUAAAUCAGGUUUUGUAGAUCUACCUGGAUUGAUCAAAUUCUGUAGAUCUACUGGGGGUGAUCAGAUUAUGUAGAUUUACAUAAAAUGACAAGAUUCUGUAGAUCUGCCUGAGUUAAUCAGAUUCUGUAGAUCUUCCUGGGGUGAUCAGAUUUUGUAAAUCUACAUGGAUUGAUCACAUUUUGUAGAUCCCCCUGGGCUCAUCAGAUUCUGUAGAUUAACAUUGAUCAAUUUCUGUAGAUCUACCUGAGGUUGGUAAGAUUCUGUAGAUCUACCUGGGGUUAUCAGAUUCUGUAAAUCCAACAGGGAAGGCCAGAUUCUGUAGCGUGAUCAGAUUAUGUAAGUCUUCCAGGAGUGAUGACAUGAAGCGAUCAUAUUAUUUAGAUUAGGUUGUGUUAGUCUACCUGGGGUGAUCAGAUUCUGUAGAUCUGCUUUUGUUGAUCAGAUUUUAGGGAAGGCCAAAUUGUGCAGACAAUUCUGUUGAUGUGCCUAAGGAUUUAUGUGAAGGACAUAUUCUGUAAAUGCUCUGGUCACACUAAAUUGAUGAUGAACGAGAAUCUGUGAAAUUUCCUCAAGUUUAUUUCACACGUGAUAUAUUAGCCCCGAAGGACUCCAACUCCUUUCCGUAUAUUGGUCUAGCCUCGUUGGAGUCUCGACGCUAACAGUAUUAAUUUCGUACUCAGCGAAGGUCCAGGCCGAUUCUCUUUUUUAUCGAACAAGUCUGGUGCAAAUAAGACACCAUCUUAAAGACCUGCUUUCCGCACCCACCGAACCGCCACAA